GUAGGCCGGCAAUGACCAACUCAUAAACUUUCAUGAUCCAUUCACACGUUCUCUUCCCCUUCACUUCACCACUUCCAAUUUAAAAAGACCCCAUUUAUUAAGAAAUUUUCCUUUAUUUUUUAUUACAAAAAUGAAUCCCAACUCAUCCUUACCAUAUACAAAAAAACACGCUCUUUUUUGAUUUCAUGCCUUAAAAUAACCAUAUACUCGACCAGUCGUGAUAUCUUAGUGCUUGUAGUUUUGCUUCUCACGACUUGGUCUCUUUUUCAUAUUUUUUUUCUUACAAAGGUUUAACAGGCAACAGUUGGAGACCAACAACUCAAGAGAAUCAUAGAAUAUGAACAGUUUGAAUUGUUCAGGUUUUUUAUAAGGCUAUGUCAAGAUUGGACAAAGAAAAAGGGUUUUAAAUAAUAUCCCUUUUUUUUAUAAAGAUUUUCAAGUGCUUUCUUUUUGGAAGUUGACAGAAAGUAUAAAAGGUGAGGUUUUAUCUUGUUGGUGUUGCUAAUGCUAUGUCAAAGAUCUGUUCUUUGCUUUGUUUUUAGUCAUGUUUUGAUCUUUUUCUUCCUUUAAGGAAAAUUGGGUUUUUAAUUGUUUCUUUGAAGCCUUUUUGUUUGGUUGAUUGGAAAAUGAGAGAGAAAGAGAGGGAAAUUUUGAGAUUUUGAUAUAGGGUAUUUUUUUAGUUUUUUUUGUGGGGUUGAACUUGAAGUUUUAGUUCUAGUUUUCAGGAUUUGUUGGGAUAGUUCUCUGUUAGUACUAAAAGGAUGGCAUCGAGGUCCUUCAAAGGGAGUCGAUCAUCUUUAUCAAUUUCAUCGGAUGCAGCUGAGUCACAUAAGCCUCCAGUGCCUCCAACUGUGACAUUUGCACGGAGAACUUCCUCGGGUCGAUACGUGAGCUACUCAAGGGAUGAUCUUGACAGUGAGCUUGGUUGUAGUGAUUUCAUGAACUAUACGGUGCAUAUACCGCCCACCCCAGACAACCAACCAAUGGACCCUUCUAUUUCUCAGAAGGUUGAAGAGCAAUACGUGUCAAAUUCACUUUUUACCGGUGGAUUCAAUAGUGUUACACGAGCUCAUCUUAUGGACAAGGUGAUCGAGUCUGAAACAAACCAUCCCCAGAUGGCUGGUGCAAAGGGAUCUUCAUGUGCAAUUCCUGGGUGUGAUGCAAAUGUGAUGAGCGAUGAACGCGGUCUAGAUAUUCUCCCUUGUGAGUGUGAUUUCAAAAUCUGUCGGGAUUGUUACAUUGAUGCGGUGAAAACUGGGGGUGGAAUAUGCCCUGGGUGUAAGGAGCCGUAUAAGAACACGGAUCUCGAUGAAACAGCUGUGGAUAGUAAUACCAGGCCACUUCCACUACCUCCUCCGAGUACAAUGUCCAAAAUGGAGAGGAGAUUGUCUUUAAUGAAGUCAACAAAGUCGGCCCUGAUGAGGAGUCAAACUGGAGACUUUGAUCACAAUCGGUGGUUGUUUGAGACUAGAGGGACUUAUGGUUAUGGCAAUGCUAUAUGGCCAAAGGAUGGUAACCUAGGAAACGGAGACGAUGAUGAAGCUGCUGAGCCAACAGAGUUGAUGAACAAACCGUGGAGGCCUCUCACUCGGAAAUUAAAAAUACCAGCAGCCAUUCUGAGUCCAUAUCGGCUUUUAAUAUUUAUACGAGUUGUUGUCCUUGGCUUGUUUUUGGCUUGGAGGGUCACCAAUCCGAACAAAGAUGCGAUAUGGCUAUGGGGAAUGUCUGUUGUUUGUGAAAUUUGGUUUGCUUUUUCAUGGCUUCUCGACCAACUGCCGAAGCUCUGUCCGAUUAAUCGUGCUACAGACCUUAACGUGCUGAAGGAAAAAUUUGAAACACCAAGUCCUAGCAACCCUACUGGAAAGUCUGACCUUCCAGGAAUCGAUGUAUUUGUCUCUACUGCGGAUCCUGAGAAAGAACCACCUCUUGUCACUGCAAACACUAUCUUGUCAAUUCUAGCAGCCAACUACCCCGUUGAAAAACUUGCUUGUUAUGUUUCUGAUGACGGAGGAGCACUUUUAACGUUCGAGGCUAUGGCUGAAGCAGCGAGUUUUGCUAAUUUAUGGGUUCCUUUUUGUCGUAAACAUGAUAUUGAACCGAGGAAUCCGGAAUCUUACUUCAAUUUGAAGAGAGAUCCUUACAAGAAUAAAGUCAAACCAGAUUUUGUUAAGGACCGACGGCGAGUUAAACGUGAAUAUGAUGAAUUCAAGGUCCGUAUCAAUGGUUUGCCGGACUCCAUUUGCCGUAGAUCCGAUGCCUUUCAUGCAAGGGAGGAAAUCAAGGCAAUGAAGCUUCAGAGACAGAACAGAGGGGAUGAACCUAUAGACAGUGUGAAAAUCCCGAAAGCGACAUGGAUGGCUGAUGGAACUCAUUGGCCUGGGACUUGGUUGAAUCCAUCAACCGAUCACUCUCGGGGUGACCAUGCUGGUAUAAUACAGGUGAUGUUGAAACCUCCAAGUGAUGAACCACUACAUGGAACUGCUGAGGAUGGGCUAAUUGAUCUCACUGAUGUUGAUAUUCGUCUCCCAUUGCUUGUUUAUGUUUCUCGUGAGAAGCGCCCAGGCUAUGAUCACAACAAGAAGGCAGGUGCCAUGAAUGCCCUGGUUCGGGCGUCUGCAAUUAUGUCAAAUGGUCCAUUUAUCCUGAACCUCGACUGUGACCACUAUAUCUACAACUCUCAGGCAAUGAGGGAAGGCAUGUGUUUCAUGAUGGAUCGAGGAGGUGACCGCCUUUGUUAUGUCCAGUUCCCUCAGAGGUUUGAGGGUAUUGACCCUUCGGAUCGAUAUGCCAAUCACAAUACUGUUUUCUUUGAUGUGAACAUGAGAGCUCUUGAUGGUCUUAUGGGUCCUGUCUAUGUUGGAACCGGAUGCCUCUUUCGAAGGAUUGCGCUUUAUGGCUUUGACCCGCCUCGAUCAAAAGAACACCAUGCUGGAUGCUGCAGUUGCUGCUUUGGUCGUAGCAGAAAGCAUUCUUCAAUGGCACACACCCCGGAGGAGAAUCGUGCACUGAGAAUGGGUGAUUCCGAUGAUGAAGAGAUGAACCUAUCGUUGCUUCCGAAGCGGUUCGGGAACUCAACAUUUCUCAUUGAUUCAAUUCCAGUGGCGGAGUUUCAAGGUCGUCCCCUUGCGGAUCAUCCAGCUGUGAAGAAUGGGCGCCCCCCUGGUGCUUUAACUAUUCCUCGUGAACUUCUAGAUGCCUCAACUGUUGCUGAGGCAAUCAGUGUUAUUUCGUGCUGGUACGAGGACAAGACUGAGUGGGGACAGCGUGUUGGGUGGAUUUAUGGUUCCGUUACCGAAGAUGUGGUCACUGGAUAUAGAAUGCACAACAGAGGAUGGAAAUCAGUUUAUUGUGUGACCAAACGUGAUGCUUUCCGUGGAACCGCUCCGAUCAAUCUCACUGAUCGACUUCACCAAGUCCUGCGUUGGGCAACUGGCUCUGUUGAGAUCUUCUUUUCCCGUAACAAUGCUCUCCUCGCCAGUCCACGAAUGAAGUUAUUGCAGAGGAUUGCAUAUCUAAACGUCGGAAUCUACCCCUUUACCUCGAUUUUCCUGAUUGUCUACUGCUUCCUUCCCGCACUUUCCCUCUUCUCCGGCCAGUUCAUCGUGCAGACCCUCAAUGUCACUUUCCUUACAUACCUCCUCAUCAUUACUGUAACUCUUUGUUUGCUUGCCGUGCUAGAAAUCAAGUGGUCUGGUAUUGAGUUAGAAGAAUGGUGGAGAAACGAGCAGUUUUGGUUAAUUGGGGGCACAAGUGCCCAUCUUGCUGCUGUGCUUCAAGGGCUAUUGAAAGUGAUUGCUGGGAUCGAGAUUUCGUUCACUUUGACGUCAAAAUCUGGGGGGGACGAUUUGGAUGAUGAGUAUGCUGAUCUCUACGUUGUCAAAUGGACGUCCCUGAUGAUACCACCGAUAACAAUCAUGAUGGUCAACUUAAUAGCGAUAGCGGUCGGGUUUAGCCGAACAGUUUACAGCGUCAUACCUCAGUGGAGCCGUCUGCUCGGUGGAGUUUUCUUCAGUUUUUGGGUUUUGGCUCAUCUCUAUCCCUUUGCUAAAGGGCUUAUGGGAAGAAGAGGGCGUACGCCUACCAUCGUUUUUGUGUGGUCGGGUCUUAUUGCCAUUACCAUAUCCCUCCUUUGGGUCGCAAUAAAUCCCCCAUCCGGUACUAACCAAAUCGGAGGCUCGUUCCAGUUCCCUUGAUCCGGCAUUCUUUACGCUAAGGCGAAUCGGUUCAAUGACAUUCCUUCAUUCUUUCCUUUUCCCCGUACAAGCCGAUUAUGCCUGUGAAAAAUACUAGUCAUGUUCUAUAUAUACAUGUCCUUGCUGAUGUUUUUAUAUGGAUUACUCAAUUGUACCUCAAAUUAUUUUUUGUUAUGGAUAGCCAUUUUUAUAUGCUUAA